GACCUUCAGCCUCACUUUGGUUUUCACAAUUGCUUUUAUGCCAUGGCAACUAUCAACACAUAAACUGGCCUAAUAUUUUGACAGAGUUCAAGCAUCGUCGUAAAAAAACACCUACAGCCAACAUGGAGAAGAAAGGCUCUUUGUUUCUUCGGUCAAACCAUAUGGACUAUGGAAAAGGUACCCUGGUUUCAAACUGGCAUCAAGUCCAAGAAGCUCAACCAAAAGAUUAUGAUAUACAUCGAGACGCUCCCGAAAGGCGAAAUCUUCACUGUUCGACAUAUCAUCGCAUUGGAAAUGUUACUUCAGGGGAACUGCCAAGCUCAACUUCACAUGCUCACAUGGAGCAAAUUAAACUCAAAGCUGACUUCCAAGAGCAGACAAGAAGACAUCCAAUGGUCAAUUUAUCUACAUUCAGCAAAAUUAAUCUAGAAAGAAACACAAAAGAUUCAACAUCAAAGUCACAGACACAAAAUAUUUUGCCAAGACAUCAUCCUGACCAUGGAAAAAGGUAUCUUGACACCACUUAUGGGACCGACUACAAAGAACCUUAUCCAUCUGUGUCACAAGAAAAGGAAGAAGAACUUGGGGAAAAAGAUAAUAGCACUGCCUACAAAAAAUGCCACUCGCAAUUCACAGACACUGCAGAUUACAGACGAUUUGGCCUGAACACCUGGCAAGAUGAAAGUGGUUCCUAUGCCAAUACUGAGACUAAGCGUGAAGUAUUUAGAUCGACAAAUCCAAUACCAGAAAGACUCUUGUAAAAAAACCUUCUGUCAUAGCAACCUCAAUUUAAUUAUUUUCAUUGUAAGAAAUAACUCACUUUAAAUUUCUUUAACAAUACAGUGUUACAAAAUAUCUA